AUGUCGACUCCGGAAAAGUGCCACGUUGGAGAGGCAGACGUUGUGGAUGCAAAGCGCCACCAACAUGUCCGGACGAAAGACGAAAUAUCCUCGGAUCAGAGGAAAGCCGAGGCGCGGGUCAGGCGCAAGGUAGACUGGCGUUUGAUCCCUAUCCUGGGCAUCUUGUACUCCAUCGCGGGCCUGGACCGCGUCAAUCUCUCCAAUGCCCGCGUAGCCGGCAUGAAUGAAGACCUUCGUUUUGACAUUGGCGACCGAUACUCCAUCGCACUUCUCGUCUUUUUCAUCACCUACUUUCUCUUUGAGCUUCCCACAACUUUGAUCCUCAGACCUAUUGGGCCUAAGGUUCUUCUCAAUGGCCUGGUCUUCAGCUGGGGUACCGUGAUGCUAGGCAUGGGAUUCGCCAAUGAUUGGAGGGUCAUCGUGGUAUGUAGGAUGCUGAUCGGUAUUGCGGAAGCUGGGUUCCUCCCAUGCUGCAUGUACCUGCUCAGUAGUUGGUAUCAGCGAUAUGAAGUCCAACAAAGAAUCGAGGGUUCUUUGACCGUGGGUUUCGCCUUCAUCGGCUAUGCUUUCACCCUUCCUUUUCCCGAUCAAUUGCUGGCCUCGGGAAAGCGCACUGGGUUCACCCAGGAAGAGAUCGAACUCAUCCUCGACCGAGUUGAGCGAGAUCGAGGAGACGCAGAACCAGACCCUUUGACUUGGCAAAAGGUCCAAAAGUUGGUGAUGCGAUGGGAGUUGUGGGUAUACGGUUUCAUGUUUCUCUGCUGCUCGGCGCCGAUAUACGCGUUCGCAUACUUCAUUCAGAUCAUCCUAACGACCCUGGGCUACUCAACAGCCGUCGUGUUCCUCCUAUGCGCCCCUCCGUACCUCUUCAGCAUCAUAUGGACUCUGCUCGUGGCGUACUUUGCGGAUAAGACGCGGCUGCGGAUGCCGUGGAUGGUGCUCAACGCGGCCAUUACUUUGACAGGGCUUCUUCUCACGGCGUAUCAUUCAAACAACGCCGUUCGAUAUUUCGGUGUGUUUUUGGGCGUAUCUGGCUGCAACGGCAACCUGCCGACGAUCAUCGCCUUUCAAUCCAAUAACGUCCGAUCCGACAGCCGCCGGUCGGUAGCCAGUGGGGUGCAGAUGCUGUUUGCAGCAAUUGGUGGUAUUUAUGCGUCGUGUACUUUUAUGCAGCAAGAGUAUCCGACUUACAGGACCGGAGUCUGGUGCUCGGUCGCGACGCAGUUUCUGUUGAUGUUGUUGGUCGGGCUGAUGUGGUGGUGGUUCCGGAGGCAGAACAGGAAAGCCGACGUCGACCGGAUUCCUAUCCAAGACGAUCCGGUCUUCCGAUACACCUUCUGA